AUGGCGUCGCGCACACGGUUGGCAGCCACCAUGGCUUCAACACUAUUACGAGGCUCGCGGCCACUGGCAAACUCGAGGAUAACACCACUGGCUGCUGCAGUGACCACAUUGUCGGCCCGCGGCAACUCGCACCUCAGCUCACAGUCCGCCACGAACCCGACAAGUGUCUUCUCAUCGUUCGGCCAGCUGACAUCUGCAUCGGGGCCUCCAUCGUACUUUUCCUCGUCACACAGGCGCCUGCCCACCAAUACCAUUGUUCGCUUUGUGCCGCAGCAGACAGCAUGGAUAGUCGAGCGCAUGGGAAAGUUCAACCGCAUACUGGAGCCUGGUCUGGCCAUUCUGAUACCCUUUAUUGACCGGAUAGCCUAUGUCAAGAGUCUCAAAGAGAAUGCCAUUGAGAUACCUAGCCAGAGCGCCAUCACAGCCGACAAUGUCACACUCGAGCUCGAUGGCGUAUUGUACACUCGUGUGUUUGACGCAUACAAGGCGAGCUAUGGCGUAGAAGACGCAGAGUAUGCCAUCUCCCAGCUUGCACAGACGACGAUGCGCUCCGAAAUCGGCCAGCUUUCCCUCGACCACGUCCUCAAGGAGCGCGCCAACCUCAAUGCGAAUAUUACUGCAGCCAUCAACGAGGCUGCCCAGGACUGGGGUGUUACUUGCCUGCGCUAUGAGAUCCGUGACAUCCAUGCACCCGAACCGGUUGUCGAAGCCAUGCACCGUCAAGUCACUGCUGAACGAUCCAAGCGAGCCGAGAUUCUGGAAUCCGAGGGUCAAAGACAGUCUGCUAUCAACAUUGCUGAGGGAAAGAAGCAGUCUGUGAUUCUGGCAUCCGAGGCUCUGAGAGCAGAGCAAAUCAACAUGGCAAGCGGAGAAGCCGAGGCUAUCUUACUCAAGGCCAGGGCUACAGCCAAUGGUAUCGAUGCUGUUGCACGCUCCAUUGCUCAAGGCGAAGGUGCCGCACAGAGUGCCAUUUCGCUCUCUGUUGCUGAAAAGUAUGUCGAUGCCUUUGGUAACCUUGCCAAAGAGGGUACCAGCAUUGUGGUUCCUGGUAAUGUGGGUGACAUCAGCGGCAUGAUUGCCAGUGCCAUGGCAGUCUACGGCAAUGUCAGUGCCUCGCAAGCAAAGGCCUCCAAGUCAAUCGAAGGUGGACGAGCCAGCACACAAGCUAGCGAGAAGAUCAAAGAGCUUCAGAACAAGUUGAACAAUGUCGAGAGCGGGACUAGUGAGGUGCAUAGCGAGAUCAACAAGGCCAUGGACCAGAGGCUGAACAACAGGUAA